AUGUCCGUAGCUACAAAAAAUCCCUUUGCCCUCCUCGAAGCGGAAGGCGCGUCAAGGCCAUCCAGCCCUGUCGCUCCUCCCAAGCCAGUCGCCGCCCCAGCCCAAGCAGCUAGAGGCACUCCCAAAUCACGAGGUGGCCCUGCUGCCCGUGGUGGCAAAUACUACGCCCGUGGUGGUGGAAAAACUGCCAGUCGCGACGACAAUUCUGGAAACCCUAACCAGAAUGGUACCGAGGACGCUCCUCAGGACAAAAAGUUCGAUGGUCGUGGGAGGGGAAGAGGCGGCUCUCGAGGUGGUCCUCGCGGACGUGGUCGUCAGUUCGACAAGCACAGUCAGACGGGCAAAGUUGACUCGGAUAAGAAGAUCAACCAAGGCUGGGGUGGCCAAGAAGGCAACGCUGAGCUCAAAGCAGAAGAAGCAGCCAUCAGCGAUGCCAAUGCGGAAGCAACUCCUGCUGCUGCUGCUGAAUGGGGAGUCCCUGCUAACGACGGCGACAAUUGGGCUGCUCCAGCCGGUGAGCAAGGCGCAGCCGAUAAACCUGAAGGCCGUCCUCGUAGGGAGCGCGAACCCGAAGAAGAAGACAAUACCCUGACUUUGGAGCAAUAUCUCGCCCAACAAAAGGAGAAGGAAUCGACCGUGGUUCCCAAACUCGAAAGUCUCCGCAAGGUUGAAGAUGCUACUUGGAAGGAUGUUGUCGCACUCGAGAAAGGUGAAAGCGACACUUACUUCGUUGGCAAGACCAAGAGCGCCCCCAAAGCCCGUACCAAGAAAGAGGAAAAGGUGUUCAUUGAGAUUGACGGCCGUUUUGACCGUCCAAGCCGUGGUGGCCCACGUGGUCGAGGAGGAGACACCCGUGGCCGUGGUACUUCCAGCCGUGGUCGUGGCGGUUCCCGAGGUGGCCGAGCAGCUGGGGGUGGUUCGGUUACUGUGGAUGUCGACGACGAGAAGGCUUUCCCAUCGCUGUCUUAG